UAUCUGAACUUUUGUUUUCCAUUUUUUUUUUUGUAUUUUUUUUUUCACAUUAUCUGACAACAUGAGUCGAAAGAGAGACAAACCCUACUUCUCCAGCUACAACCCCGCUUCCAUCUCAAAGAGGCGUCGUCCUCUGCCACCUCACCCGGCGCCACCAACUGAGGAUGAGGACAAUUCAGCAAUCAAGCCAACGCCACGAGCUGUGGUCAUCAUGGGUCUUCCCCCAAACUGCUCGGUACUUGAUUUGAAGUCGAGGUUUGAGAUCUACGGGUCAAUCUCCCGUAUACGCAUCAACCGUGAUGCUGUCGGUUAUAUAGCAUAUCGCUCCAAGGAAUCCGCCGAGUCUGCCGUUGCCGCUUCCCUUGAUUCCUCUUUCGGUAUUACCAUUGAUUCUAAAAAGGUUCAAGUUUUGUGGGCAACAGAUCCUUUAGCUCAAUUCACAGACGGGGUAGGGGUUGGUGUUAAUAAGGAUAAUGGGUCAUCGUCUUCGUCGAAGCUUUUGCGGCCUGAGGUGCCUUUGAGCAGGCAUGGAAGAGGUACUAAGCUUGCAUCAGCAAUUGUCAACCAUAGAAGUACUGAUGAUGGUUCUUCGAUGUUAGAAGUGCCUUUUAAAGGUAGAGAAAUUGUUGCCUAUGAUGAUAUUCUGUAAUGCAGGACUAGGUGUUUGGGAAUCUGUCCACAUUGUAAAAUAGUGCAAGUUUGAUCUUAGCUCUUUUUAUCUCUCUAAUUUCUAGAAUCUAAUAUGUAUUAGGCUGGAAAUGGUUUGUGUCUUGGAGUUGGAGAAAUG